AUGGGUAAUAAUAAUACAAAAGAUGACUUUAUUUCACCUAUUUUUUUACCUCUAGCACCACCAAAUAGCACACAAAACCAACCUUUAUAUGAAAUAAAUAUCAAACAAGAAAUUAAUGCCAGAAAACAAGAACAUUUAAAUAUUGAACAAGUAGUUAUUGAUAUAAAACAAAAACAUCUUGAUAUAAAACAAGAACAAAAAAAUAUAAAAAAAGAUUAA